GACCAGAGGGCGACAAACAUUUGUUCCGCCAACUUAGGGAAAGGCAGCAGCAGCAGAGGAGAGCUAGAGCAGCAGAGGCUAGCAGGGAGCUCGUAAGCGAAACCGCAACUUCGGCAGCCAUGGCCACUUCUGCACAGCAGACUUCUCAGGCUGGUAGUUCAAGAUCUGUAGGGUCAACGGUCGCACAGACCCAGAGUCAGUUCGUUGGCGUUAUGGCAAGCCAGCCAUUGGUGUUGUCACCCGAGGAGAUCGCCAUACAACAGGCUGCCCUGCAAAAGGCACAACUACAGAAGGCUUUAGGAGAGAUUAAGGCAGAGAAAGACAGACUGAUUAGGAGAAGAGCCAGGUUGCAACGGCGACAAGCGGACAUUAGUGAGUUAGAGGAGAUGGACCAAGCGGAGUUGGAUGAUCCGGUGAGGGCCCUGAGGUCGAUCUUGUUAGGAGUAAUAGAGAUGCAAGACCAGCAGACAGCUAUCUUGCAGGACAUCCAGCAUAGUCUGGCCGUCUUGGUCAGACGAGCGCAGGCGGCACCACCACCGUCCGGGCCAAGUGCCUGGCCCGUUGAAAAUCCUCCUCCUUUUGCUCCACCGGUGACUGGGGUAUCCCCAUAUACCGCUCCAGUAUCGGUUCAGCCUGUCUCCCUGGGGAUACCGUUAACAGGUGGGCUUUCAGCAGGUCUUAGUUUGCAGGUUCCUGUACAGACACUGUUCACCCAAACUGUGUCGCAGGUUGCAGUAAGUGUGCAGCCUGCUGUCUCGCAGUCUGCACAGCCGCAGGGUACACAACCCCAGCAGUCAGUGCAGCAGCCUGCACCACUGGGUCCACAGCCCGGAGUGAUGCAGGGACCGGGACAAAGUCAGUGGGUACCAAAGACGGCCAUCGCCGCUCCUAAACCCUUCACAGGGGAUAAGAGGGGCGAAGACCUCGACACUUGGUUGAGGGCAGUGCCGGUUUAUGUCAAGUGCAAACUUACCUUGCCGCACGAGGAAGUGCUUGCGGUUGCCUCCUAUUUAGCACAAGCGGUUAACAAGGACCCCCACUUUUCGGCCCUAGAGGGGAGUGCAACACGAUGGUUGAGUGGUUUAGUGCAGCUACAGGGGUACGGACAUGACUUUCGCGCUUGGGUGGUCACCCAGAAACUGGAUGACUUUCUCAAGUUGGUGGAAGACAGGUGGCACGAUCCUCGGGAGGCCCAAAAGGACACUGACGUGAUCCUGACACUGCACACGAGGCAGCUCAAGUCAGUAAGGGACGCCACUGACGUUGUAGAGCGUCCGAUCUGUGUCCCUGGGGUUCGCUUUGACCCCCAGGUCUUACUCACCUCCUACCUGAGAUGCUUUCCCAUGCCUCUCAGGAGUCAGUUGGCAGGCGAGCCGGUGAAAAUGUCGUCGGAGAUAGAGGGAGUAGUUCCUAAAUACCCCGAUCUAUUUGAAGAGCCGACAGGGGUUGUGGAGAGGGAGGUCGUCCACGCGAUAGAGAUUAUCCCAGGGUCUAGCAUCCCGAAGGGUAGGAUCUAUCGGAUGUCUCCAAGCGAGCUUGACGAGCUUCACCGGUACGGUCUGUACGAGUUUGUGGUGAUGCCUUUCGGCCUUUGCAAUGCUCCUGACACCUUUCAGCACGCUAUGAAUCGGAUAUUUCAUGACUACCUGAAUAAGUUUGUCAUCGUGUACCUCGAUGACAUACUUAUUUUUAGUAAGACUGUCGAGGAGCACGUUGCUCACUUGGAUAAAGUCAUGACUCUUCUGCGACAGCACAAGUUCAAGAUCAACGGUGAGAAGCGCGAGUUUGGCCGCACCCGUAUCUUGUACUUGAGUCAUGAGAUUUCCUCGGAGGGAUUAAAGCCCGAUGACGCGAAGGUGGCCAACAUUCGUGACUGGCCGCGUCCUCAGUCUGUGACUUUCUUAGGGAUGACCGGCUACUAUUGCAAUUUCGUGAAGAACUAUAGCAUAGUUGCCGCCCCUUUGACUGACCUGACUCGCCUUGACACCCCAUGGGAGUGGACAGACAGAUGCGAGGCUGCUUUCAGACAUUUGAAGCAUGCGUUGACGCAUCAUGAGGUCUUGAAACUUCCUGAUCCUGAUAAGCCAUUUGUAGUAACUACAAAUGCUAGCCAAUAUGGCAUAGGCGCCGUACUUGCACAGCAGGAGGGGAAGAAGUUGAGGCCGGUAGAGUACAUGUCCAAAAAGAUGCCCUCUCAGAAGUUGGCUAAAUCCACCUAUGAGAAGGAGCUAUAUGCGAUCUACAAGGCGCUCACCCAUUGGAGACACUGUCUCUUUGGGAGGUUCUUCUACGUCAGGACUGAUCACCGGACCCUGAAGUGGAUGAGAACCCAGCCUGUGCUCUCUGACACUUUGAAGCGUUGGAUUGAAGUCAUAGAGCAGUAUGACUUUGAGCCCCAAGUACAUUAAGGGCGAGUACAACAAGGUUGCUGAUGCGCUGUCGUGUAGACCAGAUUUCUCUGGUGCGCUGAUCACUGAG